AGUAAUGCGAGGUGCUAAGACCGGCUAAGCAGCUCAUGUGUGUCGCAUUCUGAUACGCAAGCACCCGCCUUCCCGCCGCCUUAAGACAAAGCUGUGAUCAAUGCAGUUUUUCCGGGCAGGUGGUCAGAGAGCAUGCAGCAGGAGGCAAAGCCUUUGUGGCGUAGUUUGUGGGAGCGGAAGGACUGAAACGCACGAGGAUGCCUCCGGAGGGCAAAAGGGGCCUACCGGCCUAAUGGUUUAUCCCAACCAAUGGAAAUCCAGGGAAGGCCAUAUUUUAACAAGUUCAUUAAAAUCUUCGGCGACAUGCUCACCGCUUCAGUUUAUUUUCGAUGAUCUUGCUUCGCCCUCUGUCCAACCCAUGUGGGCUUUUCGGCGAGCAGUAUGCGUUCCUUUUCAACCGGCGGCGUGUUCCGUUCGCGCGGCACUGGAACGAAAGGUCCGAAUGCUACUAUUGGACAACCGCGCAAACUGCCGGUUCGAUGAUAUGCAGGCCAUGGCGUCCCUGCUUCUGCAGCACGAACUCCGCGCAGUGAUAAUCCACCCUGGGAAACCUCACGCUGGGAUGUCGCUGUUUGCUAGGUCCAUUAGCGCGCCGUUUAUCGUUGUAACCUCAGAGGACACCGAAGAGGUGGUGGUGGUCGAUGCCGCGCUCCGCGAGCAUCUGUUGGUGGCACCCUGCACUCCAGAGUACCAGCGCACGCUCGCAGCCACAAUCCCCGACCUCUUCAUUGGCACCCUGCCGCGCCUGCACGAGUUAAUUAGCUCAAUGGCGUCUGCCAUAUCCCGGAACUUUGCCAGCCAAGGCAUCGAUGUGCCGCCGUGGCGCCGUUCCACGGCACUGCUGGGCCGCUGGGCCACCGUCAAAGAGCAGCUGUGCCUCCGGAAGGAGCAGCUUAAGUCAUGGGAUCAUCUAGGGAUGGGUUAUUGCACAACGACGGUGCAGCAGCUGGUUCCGGAUCCGGCGGUUACGCCGUGUGGCGAGGAGCCCGCUGCGCCCUGUGGUGUGGAAGGCUUAGAGGCCCACGAGACGGCCUGGCCGGAAGCACAGGUUCACGGUGACCCUGGGGCAACAGCUCAGCAUCGACCAUUUGUAGUCGUGCGAGGCUUCGAGGUUUGUCCCGGUGGGGAUGUGCCUGUGCACGUGGUUAGGGAGCGGGGAGACCGUUGGCCCAAUAUUAAGCCUGGGGGCCUGGCAAGCCUAUGCAGGAAGCAGAGUGGCGGUGCCCCGGGCAGCAGCACUGAUAGCGACGCAGUGUUGGGAGCAUCACCCUCCAGCGUAUUUCGGAGUGAAUGA